AAGCAAAUCAGCGCUGGGGCCUGGACCGGUUUUUCGUUGCCCUCUGCAAGGAGACAAUCCGGGUUCGGCUACCGACCCAGCAAACAGGGAGCCCCGUGCUUCGAGCGUGCCCUGGUGCUGGAGGAGAGACUGUGAGGCGGCAACCGCUGGACCUCCCGCGCUCUUCCUCUGUCACAACAGCAGCAGCCGGAGGGAGAUGCUGCGGCGUGUGGCUUGAUCUUGAGUUCUUGACCCCCACUAGCAAAAGAAUCAUAACGAAUUACCCUAAGCGAGAAAAGAGAGGCCAGGUCAUGGAGGAUAUUGAGGAUGUCGUCGCCGGCGGCCCUCCUCCGGGUCUGAUGCGCUUGCCCAUCACCACAGUCGGCCUGAAGCCCAGGAAGGCCAGGCCUCUCAAAAUUAGCAAACCUCCCUCCAUUCCAUCUACCAGGGCUACUCAUAUCCCUGGAACACAGAGCAUAUACAUGAAGACCUUUGGGUGCUCGCAUAAUCAGAGUGACAGUGAAUACAUGGCUGGGCUGCUUUCUGCUUUUGGAUAUUCAUUGACUGAGAACCCAGAGGAGGCAGAUCUGUGGCUUAUCAAUACAUGCACUGUAAAAUCACCCAGCCAAUCUGCCAUGGAUACUCUUAUAUUAAAGUGCAAGGCUUUGGGGAAACCCUUGGUAGUGGCUGGAUGUGUGCCACAAGGAAGUCAAAAUCUAAAAGAGCUGGAAGGUGUCAGUGUUAUUGGUGUGCAGCAAAUAGACCGUGUAGUGGAGGUAGUUGAAGAGACCUUGAAAGGCCAUGAGGUGCGGCUUUUGAGGAGGAGCAGUCUGCCAGCUCUGGAUCUUCCAAAAAUGCGGAAGAAUAAGUUCAUUGAGAUCCUUCCUAUUAAUGUCGGGUGUUUAGGCGCAUGCACUUACUGCAAAACAAAACAUGCACGUGGGCAUCUGGGAAGCUACAGUGUUGAAAAUCUUGUCAACCGUGUAAAAAGUGUUAUAUUAGAAGGUGUGAGAGAGAUAUGGUUAAGCAGUGAGGACACUGGAGCUUAUGGCCGAGAUAUUGGAGUUAAUUUACCCACUUUACUAAAUGCACUUGUUGCGGAGCUGCCUCCAGAUAGAAGCACAAUGCUUCGCAUUGGUAUGACAAAUCCUCCAUUUAUUCUUGAGGAUUUGGAAGAGAUAGCAAAAGUUUUGUGUCAUCCAUGUGUCUACUCAUUUCUUCAUGUGCCAGUUCAGUCUGGAAGUGAUCCUGUUUUGGAUGCAAUGAAUCGAGAAUAUACUGUGAAUGACUUCAAGAAGGUGGUAGAUACUCUAAUGCAGCUUGUACCAGACAUGCAGAUCGCAACUGAUAUAAUAUGUGGCUUUCCAGGUGAAACAGAUGAAGAUUUUUUGCAAACAAUGAAUCUGAUUCAGGAAUACAAGUUUCCACAUGUUCACAUCUCACAGUUUUACCCGAGGCCUGGAACACCUGCUGCAAGGAUGAAAAAGGUUCCUAGCCAUGUAGUGAAACAGCGGAGUCGUGAACUCACGACUCUUUUUGAAUCAUUUGAGCCAUAUAGAGGUAUGGAAGGCCGAAUAGAGCGGAUAUGGGUUACAGAAACUGCAACAGAUGGAUUACACUUGGUAGGGCAUACCAAGGGCUAUGUGCAGGUACUUGUAGUUGCUCCAGACUCAAUGUUAGGAACUUCUGUAGAUGUAAAAAUUACAUCAGUUGGAAGAUGGUCUGUUUUUGGAGACAUCAUAGGGACACCCUAUGGAAGAGAAGAAAUGUCAUUAUGCAGUCUGCCUUUUGUUGAUUCAACUUGCAAGAAUUCCACAGAGAAAGAUGUUCGCUUAGCAACACCAGAAAAAUUUGCAUGCGAGUCCUGCAACUGUGGCCUCGUUGAGAAUGGUAACAUUCAAGGCAUUUCACCCAUGUCUGUGGCAACUGAGAGCAACACCAGCAAUGAAAAUGUUCACUCCUGCAACUGCAAAACCUUCAUGGGAUCGAUCAAUAAUCUUCUGUUCAGAAAGCAGAAAGAUCAAACAAGCUUGAUUCAAAAUUUGGGUUACACGUUAGCAUGUAACAAGCAGAAAGACGUGGUUAGUUUACCAGGAAAGCUUAGUAGUCUUGAUUGGGUUCUUGUGAGUGGUGCUCUUCUCAGCUUGUUUGCUAUUGUCGCAGUACUUGUUCAGCUUACUUUUGAGAAGGGCUCCAAGUAAGUUCACUUGUUUUACAGGGAGUUCAUCCAUGAGAUGAAGCAACUAGCAGAAGCAGAUUGCUGCUUUUGCUUGUCCCACCAGUUUUGGAUUUUGUGGAAAGAGGUAGGCAGAUAGUUGUUCAGUCUAUAGGAAUUAGUGUGCAGCACUGAGGCCUACUGUGUGAAGAUAUAUCAUGCCUAGUUUGAAGGUGAUCCAUAGUUGACGAGAAAUUUUUGAUACCUUGCUGAUCUAAUGGUCCUUUUUUCCUGCUUAAGCCCUGAUUAGCAGAUCAUUGCUUAUUUGGAGUAAACCAAUUGUUUUCAAGAGACUUGAAUGUGGUUGGUCAUAAGUUUGAAAUGACAAAUUGGUAACCUCCCUUUUCCAGUA